AUGAAAAAUAUUAUGAAAUGUCAAACGUCAGCGAUGGCGAUUCAACGGAAAGCCACCACGCCGCGUCUCGUGAGAGAGUCGGACCUACCGGGAUCACCACCGGCAGCAGCCGUCGCCUGGAUCGCUCGACGCGGCCGCGCGGUGCUGCUUCCGUUGCUCGGCAAGUCGAGCCACUGCAGCCGCGACAUCCCCCACACACUUGCCCCCUCCCGUCUCCGGGCCCUUUGGUGCUUCUACACGACACACGCCGUCACCGCCAGCUCGUCGUACCGCAGAGGAGCCCCCCUACCCAACGUGCUCAUCCACGGAGCCCCCGGGUCUGGAAAAUCGGUCCUCGCGCGACGCUUGGUCGGUAUGUGCGGUCUAAACACCGUCGUGGUCGCCGGGGGAGACGUCGGUUCCCUCGGUAGAAACGCCUCGUCAGAGCUUAGCGGGCUCAUGCGAUGGGCCGGCGGCGGUGGCGGUGGUAGCGGUAGCAGUAGGGGGAAAGGGGUCGCGGUGGUGAUGGAUGAAGCCGAAGCCGCUCUCGGCGACCGGAGAAAGAAAGGGAUGAGCGAGAACGCCAGGAGCGCGCUGAACGCCGUUCUUUUGUCUACGGGCGAGCUCCGAGCCGGGUUCCUGAUGGUCCUCACUACUAGUCGUCCACAGGAUCUCGACGAGGCCAUACUCGACCGCGUGGACGAAGUCGUCCACCUGCCGACCCCGGGACUCCCCGAGCGAGCCCGACUGAUCCGCCAGUACUUCUGCAGCUACCUCCACCACGACCCACCGACCGACUUCUUGCGUGCACCGGCGGCGUUAGGAUCGGCGGCAGCACGAGCGGUGAGGGCACCAGCCGUGGAGGCGAUAUCGCCGGUCGGGGGGCGGGAGAGUAGUGCCGCCGGAGGAUGGCACUUUAGAACAAACAGCACCAGCAGCACCAGUAGCACCAGCAGCACCAUCGAUAGCAAUAGCAACACGGGAUCGAGGGAUAUCGAUAACGUCGACCGCGACCUCGACGCCAAUGGCGAGAGACAGGAGUUCGUAGCGUCAAGGAAGGAAGGGGGUCGGCCUACGGCGAUGGCGAAAGUGGCGACCGCCGCCGCCGCCGCCGCCGUCGCCGCCGCCGCCGCCAGCACCACGCAGCAGCAUCAGCCAGAGUCUCACCUCCCUGCCGAUACAACGGACGAUGAAAAGGAGAAUCCGAGGACUGGUGGUGGUGGUGGUGGUGUUCGCCUGAGCGACGGUUUCAGGGCUAAGGCGGCGGGGCUGAUGGCGAUGCUCGCGGUUCGGAGCGAGGGAUUUUACGGCAGGGACAUGGCGCACUUUUUUUCGGCCGUUCAGGCGGCAGUGUUCGGGUCAGAGGAUUACGAGCUAACGGAAGCACUGUGGGCCAGCACGGAGCGCCAGAAGCUCAAAGAGUUCUCCGAGAAGCUGAUACUGACGGCAACCGCCGCGGCCAACGCGGCCUCAAAAGGAACCUCUCCACCCAAGUCGUCGCCAUCACUACUUCAGCAACGCCGGGUAUGCACGACAACCACGACGCUAGGUGAUGCCACCAAGCUCGGGAUCGGGAGGAACGUCAGCAACGCGGGUACACACGAAGGAAGAAGCGCCUCUCCCCCCCCCGCCCGGGCCAACUGGGUGCGCGCUCCCGCAGCCGACGCCGGCGCCAACGCCGCCCCUUGCAGCUCCUCCUUUGGAGACGGCAGCAACUGCGGCGGUGUUGCUAAUUCGAAAGUUUCGUCUGACAGCUGGCCUCAGGGGCACUCCACCGGCAAAGGGAACAACAGCGAUGCUGCCGCCGCUACCGGAGGUUUAGCCCCCGGCCGUGCAGUAUUUGAAGCCGCCGCUUCAUUAUCCGAGGACAAGGCCGAGGAGGAAGAAAAAAUGGAGCUGGUGGUCACGUCGGUGGGGGCGUUACGCCCUCCGUGUGAUCCAGAAAUAACUCACCCUGAGAGGUUCACCGACUGAGGAACACAACGUUCAAGAUGUUGGUUUAUAGAGUAGACAUCAUGUUUGGUCAAGUAAGGGUGGAGUCGUCACGGAACUCAAGCUUUUGGUCCAAUGUGGGGUUGUCACGGAGCCCCAAAGGCUCCCAAGCAAACUGUGGCAGACGUGGUGGCGAAUAGCGUGGAAAAGGGCGGAUGGGGUUUGGUGGCGACCUCCCGUUUCGUCGCGGUUGACACCUUCUGGAUGAUCAUGUCUUGGAUUUUUAUCUUCCGCGUGCAAGUUACGGGAGGGAGACUGAUGACACUGCUGUAGCAGCAUCCCUGAACACACGUGCCUUGGGUAUGCCCGCUUCGCUUCGCGGGGAGGAGCUUUGGUCUGCGUCGAUUUUAUCGAGUCAAAAGGAGAGGCCGGCCUCAGAUGACUCGGGUUUCAUGGUCUGUGAGUAUCUCGCUCGCGGUGAAAGCAAGCAACCGACAACAAAAAGAGCCAUCGAUUUCAGAGGCUGGCCGCCGCCACACAGACGACAAAGACCUUGCACAACAGCGCUUGAUGCUCCUGCGUCCGAGAAGAAAUGAACGUGAGCGGAUAAUCAGCUCAAAACACAACACAUGCACGUCGCGCUCUUCCCCGUACUAUUAAUGUUUUCUUCGUCUCAUCUACCUACUCUAUGCCGGCCUUCUUGUACACAGUCUCGUUCGGCCAUCACUCGGCGGUGGAGUGCAUAGCGAGUCACCCCCCCCCC